UUUAAGAUGCAUGAGAUCGAAUACCUUUUCUUCUUCCAUGCAGAUUUGUGCUUCAGCGAAACAUUCAAUUCCAAUAACCGCCUGCAACCGUACUGACCGGGAAAAAGACACGCCAACACAAUGGAUCCAGAAGUCUUCCAGUUGAUUUCCAAACUUAGCAGAUCAGGCCAGGCUCUUGAAGAACAAAUUGCUGUUGAUCCUAGCAGCUCCGAUGCUCGUCAAACUCGGAGGCAACUCCUUUACACCGCUCGGCGCCUGGCAAACUAUUUGCAGAAUGAGGGACAAAUCGUCGAGGGAUAUCUGUAUGGGGUCAUCGACGUCCUGCUCUUCAAAAUUGGCGUCGACCUCGGUCUCUUCCAGAAGCUGGUGGACAGCGAAAAGCCUCUAAGUCUGAAAGACCUGGCCACAGCUACGGGGGCUGACGAGGUUCUACUGGCGCGCAUCAUGCGAGGCCUCACCUCAAUUGAUGCUGUUGAUGAAACUGACGUCGAAGUCUAUGCUCCAAAUAAAGUGACUCGCGCAUUUACCACCGUAAAGGCCACCUCUGGCUUGGAUCUCUUCCACAAUGUCAUUCAUGCCGGUUGGAAUAUGUUCCCCAAGCAUAUCAAGGAAACCCAGUACAAGAAUCCAGUCGACCCCGCCGCAAUACCUUUCAACAAGCAAUUCAACGGCGAGGCGUAUUUUGACUGGCUCGGGCGCCACCCAGCCCUCUUGCACUCAUUCCACCAGUUCAUGACCACCCAGCGAGUCGGCCAUGUUCAGUGGCUGGACUUCUACCCUAUUGAGGAGCAGCUUCUCCCGGGCUUCGACUAUAGUGACGACCCGAAUGCUGUCCUGCUGGUUGACGUGGGUGGCAGUGUCGGACACGAGAUCCAGGCCGUCAAAAAACGGUAUCCUAAGAUUCCCGGGCGAAUGGUCCUCCAGGAUCGGCCGGCCACGAUUGAGCGUGUCAAGCCCGAGAAUGGCAUGGAGGUGAUGGCGCACGACUUCUUCACUGAACAGCCGAUCAAGGGAGCCCGAGCCUAUUACUUCCGGAGCGUGCUGCACGACUGGGACGACGAUAGAUGCCGCGUGAUCCUGGGUCACAUCAAGGACGCCAUGAAGCCGGGCUACUCGCGGAUAUUGAUCAAUGAGUUCUCCAUCCCUCUUCGUGGAGCAUGCACGUUUGCCACGCAUUCGGAUUUCUUCGUCAUGUCGGUGAAUGCGGCUGUGGAACGAACAGAAAAACAGUGGUACGACUUGAUUGAGUCUGUUGGGUUGAAGAUUGACCGGAUCUGGACUCUUGAGCCUGACUCAGAGAGUAUUCUGGAAGUUAGCAUUCCAGAGUAGAAGUGAAUUUUUUACCAAAUAUCAGUUCCAUGGGCCGACCGGGUGACGAUAUAGAUCUCUCUACGCAGUCAUUAGAAGAAAUAUAUGACAAGC